AUGCAUUCUCAGCACUUGCAUUUCAACAUCUUCUAGUACUUUGCAUUUCUCUCUUUUUCCUAGCCUCCGGCCUCCAGCUUCCGUUUAAACUUUUUUUGCAAAUCCAAUAUUUGUUUAGGGGCAUCUUAAUUUAAGUAUGUUAGAGCUUUGGUUCUUCGGCUAACCUAUUUUGCAUGCCAUUCCAUCCAUACAAAAUCAAACACCAGUUCGAUCCUUUUCAUCUCAACUUUCUUUUGUAUAAAUUGACCCAAAGCUUGGGCCAAUAAAACCCACCAAAAAAAGAAGAAAAGAAGGAGAAGGGUAAGUUUAAGUUUGUCUUCACAAUGGGGUAUGAUGAGAAGAAACAAAAGCUAGACACGAAGCAACCAAAUUCAGCCAACUACGGGAGGCUUGCUUUUCACUACUUAAUCUCCAAUGUCAUGUACCUCUUUCUCGUGCCACUGAUCACCAUAGCUUUAGCUCAUAUAUCUGUCAAGGAUUUCGAGCAUUUGUAUAGCCACCUUCAUGAACUCGAUCUCGUAUCAGUAACCCUAGUCACUGCAACUACGGUUUUCCUUGCAGCCCUUUACUUGAUGAGUCGUCCUAGACAAGUUUACUUGUUGGAUUUUGCUUGUUUCAAGCCUGACCCAUCUCUGAUGUGCACCAAAGAAUAUUUCAUUAAACGAUCUGAGCUUACUGGGAGUUUCUCGGAAGAAAGUUUAGCGUUCCAAAAGAAGAUAAUGGAGAGGUCAGGCUAUGGCCAGCAGACGUAUGGAUCAAAAGCGUUGAUGGAAGUCCCGGCUACAGUGAGUGUCGAGGAAGCUAGGAAGGAGGCUGCGAUGCUGAUGUUCGGAGCCAUAGAUCAGUUGCUAGCAAAAACCAAGAUAAAGGUUAAGGAUAUAGGAAUUCUUGUCGUUAAUUGUAGCGUGUUCACUCCAACGCCGUCCUUGUCCGCCAUGGUUGUGAACCAGUACAAGCUCGGAGGGAAUAUUUUAAGCUAUAACCUUGGUGGGAUGGGCUGCAGUGCUGGCCUUAUUUCCGUGGACCUGGCCAAACGUUUGCUACAGGGCCUACCCAACUCCUAUGCGCUAAUAGUGAGCAUGGAAAGCAUGAAUCUUAACUGGUAUGGUGGCAAUAACCGCUCAAUGCUCAUUACGAACUGCCUCUUCCGUCUGGGUGCGUCCGCUGUUCUCUUAUCCAACCGGUUAUCUGAUCGCCGGCGUUCAAAGUAUCAACUGAUUCACACUCUACGCACCCACAAAGGCGCAGAUGACAAGAGUUACCAAUGCGUGUUCCAAAAGGAAGACGAAGACAAACAAGUUGGGAUAGCACUGUCUAGAGAUCUAUUGCCGGUUGCUGCUGAAGCCCUUAAAACCAACAUCACAUCUUUGGGGCCUUUGGUCCUUCCCAUGUCUGAACAAAUCCUAUUUCUCGCAAAUUUAAUAGGCAGAAAGGUAUUUAAAAUGAAGAUAAAACAAUAUGUUCCGGACUUUAAGUUGGCUUUGGAGCAUUUCUGCAUCCAUGCUGGAGGGAGGGCAGUGCUUGAUGAGCUAGAGAAGAAUCUUGGGCUGAGUAAGUGGCAUAUGGAGCCUUCGAGGAUGACUCUUUAUAGGUUUGGGAACACUUCUAGUAGUUCUUUGUGGUAUGAACUUGCGUACUGUGAGGCCAAAGGAAGGAUUAAGAAAGGUGAUCGGGCAUGGCAGAUUGCAUUUGGGUCAGGAUUUAAGUGUAACAGUGCUGUGUGGCGUGCAUUGCGCACCAUUGAUCCAGCAAAGGAGAAGAAUAAUGCUUGGAUUGAUGAGAUUGAUGGGUUUCCAGUAGAUGUGCCUGAAGUGGCAUCCAUUAUUUAUUAGAUCCUUCAGCUCAAGGAAGAUGAUGAUCAAUAUGCAUGCAUGUGUCUUAUUUGUACGUUUAUGUUUCUAUUUUAUCCCAGCUAAUUCCCCGUUGAAUGUGUCUCAGCUUCUAUUUAUGAAAAUUUAAUAAAUGUGCAUGUAAUUAGGGCUUA